CCCCAACUGCACGCCCGCACGAGGCCCGCUUGCCCCGGCACGGGCGACACGGGAGACCACCUUCCGGAAUGUCUAUCCCAGACCAGCAAAGAGCUUGAUGUCGCUGCAGUGCUGGCCGGGCCGCAUGCGGCCAGUGGGGCGGGAGCACCGCUCCGUCGGAGGGGGGCGUGGCUGCGGCGGGCAAAGCAUAUGUGGGCGCCGGAGGCAGUCGAGCAGGUGCCUGGUCUGGUGGCCGGCAGGGCAGCAGGAGCAGCAGCAGCAGGUGCGCGCCGUCGCCUUGGCCCGGCCAUGCCUCUCCCCGACGGCUCCCACGGAUACAGCCGCGCCGAGGUGCUGCAGCGCUGCGCUCAGGGGGCCUGCCUGGUGCUCCGCGGCCGCCGUCUCUACGACCUGACCGCCUUCGUGCGCCUCCACCCGGGGGGCGAGCAGCUGCUCCUGCAGCGGGCCGGCACCGACAUCCGCGCCGCACUCGACGGCCCGCCGCACCGGCACUCCGACAACGCGCGCCGCUGGCUGGAGCAGUACUACCUGGGCGAGCUCCGAGACGCCCCAGCCGAAGACGCCCCGAGCAAUUCUGAGACAUGCAUCCCUGCCAGCCCACUGGUGACAAGAAUGAGUGGGAAGAUGGAUCCCCGAUGUCAGCCGGUUGAUAUAGACAAGGACCUUGUGGACUGGCGCAAACCGUUGAUCUGGCAGGUGGGCUACUUGGGAGAGAAGUAUGACGAGUGGGUACAUCAACCUGUGGACCGGCCCAUCCGCUUGUUCUACUCUGAUUUUGUGGAGUCCCUCUCUAAAACUUCAUGGUACGUAGUCAUGUCUAUCUGGGUCCCAUUGGUGCUGUAUCUCAGCUGGUGCUGCUACACGUCUCUUGCCAAUGAUGACAUCCACCUUUUUUCUUCAAUUACAACAAAGUAUUCCAUCAGAAUUUACAAGUACUACUUCCCAGUGCUCUUCAUUGUGGGAAUGAUUAUCUGGUCCUUCUUAGAAUACAUCAUCCACCGCUUCCUCUUCCACCUGAAGCCGCCUGCCAGCAACUAUUAUCUCAUCACCCUGCACUUUGUCAUUCAUGGUCAACAUCACAAGUCUCCAUUUGAUGACUCACGCUUAGUUUUCCCACCUGCACCGGCAUGCCCGAUGGUCCUUGGUUUCUACAUGCUCGCCAAUUUUCUGUUUCCUGAAGCGUUUGGAGUAUCCAUUUUCGCCGGAGGGCUCUUUGGCUACGUUAUGUAUGACAUGGUUCACUAUUACCUGCAUUACGGCUCUCCCAAAAAAGGCACUUACCUGUACAAAUUGAAAGCCUACCAUGUCAAGCACCAUUUUGAACACCAGAGAGCAGGUUUCGGCAUCACCAGCACAUUCUGGGAUCAUCCCUUCCGGACGCUAAUCCCAGAGGAAACCUUUGAGAAAGAAGACUAGCACCUGCCGCCCAUCUCCUGGGUGGUCAUCAGUGGGUUUUGUUUUGGGCAGAACAGUGGGGGUGUUUGGAGGCUCGUGACCCUAGGAGAGAGGGCUGUGGUUUUUGUUUCACUUUCUGUGGCCUUGUGAUUGUGCAGGGUAUAAAAUGAUUCUUGAAGGCAGGAUGCCUUGAAAGGAGAUGGAAACCUGGAGCUCCACAGAGGCUACUGGAGGGAGAGGGGGGAGUUGUACUGUUGUAUUGUGCCUGGUAGAUGAGAGUGUGCAAGGAAAUGGUUAAAUGUGCCCCAGCUGAGAACUCUAUAAAGCUCCCAGAACUGUUUAAAAAAACCAAACUUCUAUGCAGCAGUCAUCUUGACAGGGAAUGCAUAUCCAAUAAUUCCCUCUGCUGCUGCUGCUGCUGCUGCUGCUGCUGCUGCUGCUGCUCCUGCUAUCAAGGCUCAGCUUGAACCUUUUUUGGGUGGUGGUCAAAGGGUUGUGUGCUGGGAGGAGGGAGAACUCUGCCUUAAUUCUGGACAAGGAUGUACACUGAGCACAGAGUUGCCCUUUGCAGGAGCAUGAUGAAGGGAAAGGAUGUUUGGAUAUUUGCGGUGACUGUCCUCUUGGUUCAGGAUGCAAUCCCAAUAAGAUUGAAAACAGGAUUUCUUGAAUCCUUUGUGUUUAUUGGGCUGGUCUAUUGAACGUCCCAUCCUUCGGUUGGGUUCUCUCUCUGUGUAAUCUGCCUUGAGUCCAAGUGAGAAAGGCAGGUUAUAAAUAACGUGAACAUCGGCCUUUUGGCUAAUAUCAAGUGUGUGCAUAAAAACGUAAGUAAAUAAUAAAUUAGUUGGAGCUGGGAGAGAUUUAAGAAGUCACCUAAGUCCACCUAAGGGUGUCCUGCAGUUGGGUGCGCUCGUCUGGGCCUUCCCCAUCACGUCUUCUCGACUUGCAGUUUGGAAGCAGCCCAAUGCAGCCAGUACAUUUCAUUCAAAAUUAGUGGGGUUUGGCAGGGUUUGGUUUUGGCAGGUUGUGGAUUGCAGUGGAUGAAGGCAGCGGAAGAGAGAACAGGGAAUUGGCAGGGGAGAGUAGAGAAGAAAACAUCCCAAGAUCUGAACAGGUGGGGGAAAAUGUGGGCUCUCCCUCCUGAAACAACUGCAUUCCAAAUAUCUAUUUAUGCAGUGAUACAGAAAUAGCACUCAGCUAUGCUCAGAUGCGAAAAGUGACCACGAAUAUGCUGCGUACUGUUAUACGUUCCGUUGCAGCCUGAUCAGAUGGAUUCAUUAUUCAUUGUUUAUUUUUCACUGCCCAUUCAGUUUCAAAAUUGUGGCAAAUUUUUUUCAGAGCUGCAUUCCAAAUCCAUUAUACUGCACUCACACACAAACCACCACCACCAGAUCUAUACCUUUAACCCGGUAGUACUCAGGCCACAGCUUAUAGACAGGCACAUUCAUGCUUACCUGUUUCCAAAAACCCCACAUUUAUUUCCAUCCCUGGCUAAAGGCCUGGAUCUCAAGGAGACCCGUUCCUCUGGUGGCACCUGUUUCAACAUGGGAACCACCUGCCAGCCACAAGCCCACUGGCAAUGGCCUUGCCCCCUUUCCUGAAACAUGGGGCAGGUGCCACACUGGGGAGCAGUGCUGGGAAGAGCCACAUGAGGGUCCCAAGCCACUGAGUGUCACUGAUGUAGCCCAUUUUCAUACAUGCUCUGAACUGAGAAGUUUGAAAUUGGUCAUCAAUCAGUGAUCGUACAAGGGCUGUCAAGCGUAGCCUCGUAUCUGGAUAAUUACAGACAGCAACAACUGACACUACAAGCAGCAGAUCAUAUAAUUCUACCAUGUAUCGUUUCUACCUUGUUAAUCGGCUGGGAACACUCCCCGUUUCUUUGCAAAGUCAGCCACUGGUCUCCAGCGCUGUCUCUUGGAUGUGGGUGGGGAAAUCCCAGAAGAUUGGGGGGGGGGGCUGGGGAGAGGAGGCGGAGCUCAGUGGAGUAUAAUGCCAUCGAGUCUACUCUUCCAAGCAGCCACGGUUUUCAGGGGAACCAAUUUCUGUAGGCUGGAGAUCAGUUGUAAUUCUGGGAGGUCUCCAGGCCACACCUGGAGACUGGCAACCCUAGCUGGAGCCAUCCUUACAGCCAACCACACAGAUUUCUCCAAUGGCAGUCCAGUGCGAUGCACCAUCCUAUUGCGACAUCCGUCCACUUUGCUCUUUGACAGGCAGCCUGGCACAGUUUGAGCCAUUAUGGUGUCCAAGCAAUGAGAUCUUGGAGGGAGCUGGCUUACCACAGUGCCUCAAAUUGUUUGUAGUCCUGUGUUAUUACUUUGCUAGGUACUCUAGUUGUCAGGAGAUCACGUUGGAAGUUCUCCCUGUUCAGAACGCAGAAUGAUCAUUCUAGCAAGUCUGUGGUGGGCAGAAGUUAGUAUGUUGACGACUUGUUAAACUGAAGCGGCGGAUCACGCUUCCACGUGCGUGGAGUUUUGCUAACUUGCAUGAAAGCACCCGUCCAGCUGUUUUAUGAAACCUUAUUUGCUUUGCUCAGGAAUGGACUUUGCAGUUAGCCAUCCACACUGGACUCUGUAAGGGUCUCCAGCUCGACUCACAAGGAUUUCAACAACCCCCCCCCCCCCCCCCCCCCGACCAAACACAAGCUCCAGUUCAUGUGAUGUCCUUCCGAAUGCUACCAGGUUAUCUUUUCUCUGUACUGGAGUUUAGGAUAUUAAAGCUAGUUAAGGGAAUGCCUUCUGAACACCAGUCCUCAGGACAACAUACUUUGUUUCUGCAGCUUUAAAUGUUUAAAUAAGCCAAAGGAACCUUAUAUUCUGUUUCUCGCUUUCUCCGUGCCAUAUAGAGAGAAUGCCCCAUAAGUGUUCAGUUCUGGCUUUUCUAACCACAUAUGCACAUUCCGACUUGUGCCUUAAUGAUUUUGUAAAUCUUCUUUUUUUUUUUACAAAACAACAUUCCAAUGAAAGUCAUUGCAAAGAGGUACGUUUCUUCUGACUUUGUGAUUCCUUCUCCCUUUUUGUUGCAGAAAUGUUUAAAAGUUGGAGUAAAGUUAUAUUUAAAAAGCAAUGGACUUCACAUAAUUGUAAAUAAAUUGUGUAUAUUUUGGGAAA